AAAUUCAUCACUUGAGCUGAGAUUUUUAAUAUUCUUCUAUGGGCCAUAAUUUACCUCAUGCUGAACUGCCUUCCAAGACUUAGAUGUAUUUCUUUCUUAUAUUCUUUUCCCAAAGUGUCCAAAAAUAUAAAGCAAAUUCAUGCCCAGUUAAUUACUAAUGGCCUGAAAUCGCCUGCCGUCUUGGCCAAGUUAAUUGAGCAUUAUUGUGGCUCACCAGACUCACACAUUGCUAAUAAUGCACAUUUAGUGUUCCAGUACUUUGACAAGCCAGACCUGUUUCUCUUUAACACUUUGAUAAGAUGUGUUAAACCCAAUGAUUCUAUUAUAAUUUUCCGAUAUGAGUUUUCUCGGGGACUCAUGUUUUUUGAUGAUUACACUUACAAUUUUGUUCUUGGAGCCUGUGCUCGCUUUCCGUCAGCUUCAACGUUGUGGGUUGGUAGACAACUACAUUCCCUGAUAGUAAAACAUGGGGUUGGGUCAAAUAUUUUGGUUUCGACUACGAAAAUAUACUUUUAUUCUAGCAACAAAGAUAUUAUCUCAGCCCGACAAUUGUUUGAUGAAAUGUCAAUGAGAAGCAGUAUUACGUGGAAUGCUAUGAUAACAGGUUAUUCUUCCCUUAAAGAAGGGAAAAGACAAUAUGCUUUCAAUGCAUUGUCAUUGUUUAAGGACAUGUUGGUUGAUGUAUGUGGAAUCAAACCAACAGAUACAACUGUAGUUGCUGUCCUUUCAGCAGUUUCUCAGAUGGGUUUGCUGGAAACUGGUGCUUGCGUACAUGCAUUUGCUGAAAAGACAUUGUGUACUGAAGAUGAUGUGUUUAUUGGGACUGGUCUUGUUGAUAUGUACUCAAAAUGUGGAUGCCUUGAUAGUGCCUUGUCUGUCUUCUGGCGCAUGAACCAGAAGAAUAUCUUGACUUGGACGGCAAUGACUACUGGCCUAGCUAUCCAUGGGAAAGGAAAACAAGCCUUGGAGGUUUUAUACAAGAUGGUGGAUUACGGCGUGAAGCCUAAUGAAGCAACUUUUACUAGCUUUCUAUCUGCUUGUUGUCAUGGUGGGCUUGUCGAAGAAGGCCUUCAAUUGUUCCAUGAAAUGAAGAGAACAUUUAAUGUGACACCUCAGAUAAAACAUUAUGGUUGCAUUGUUGACCUUCUUGGUCGUGCUGGAAAGUUAAAAGAAGCAUAUGAAUUUAUCAUGCGGAUGCCAAUUGAUCCUGAUGAUGUAAUAUGGAGGACUCUGCUAGGUGCAUGCAAGAUUCAUGAAGAUGUUGUGAUGGGAGAGAAGGUGGGAAAAUUUCUCCUCCAGUUGGAAGAAUGUAGUCAUCCAGAGUUGACUUCAAAGAGUGAAGACUAUGUAUCUCUGUCAAAUGUUUAUGCUUUAGCAGAAAGGUGGGUCGAAGUUGAAUCUGUAAGGAAACAAAUGAGAGCUAAGAGAAUCUCGAAUAACGCUGGUUGUAGCGCUGUUCAAAUUGUCAGUCUGUAGAACGAAGACCACAGAAAGAGAAUUUUGAGGCUGAGCAUUUGAGUAAACCAACAGAGAUUAACUGUUGAGCGGGACAAUAGUACAUUUCCUUCCCGUAAGUCUAAUCUUUUUGUCCAAGUAUUUUCGAAGAUGCCCUUGCAAAAUGGAAGUGGC